AUGGCGUCGUUUUGCGCGGCGAGGACUUUCCAUAUUCCGGCGAUGAACGGCGGCGUUUUUCGCCGUAGGGCAUCGUGGGCCGCCGGAAUUGGUGGAGCCACGGUUGCCGGCGUCGCACUCUUGCGUUCGUCUUCGUCUAAGCGCUCUCUGCCAUUCGCGUGCAGGAGCCUCUCUACUGAUACCAGAAUAAAGGAAGCUGUUCAGACUGAAAAGGCCCCAGCGGCAUUGGGGCCGUACUCUCAAGCAAUCAAAGCCAACAACCUUCUGUUUGUGUCGGGUGUUCUUGGCCUUGUUCCCGAGACUGGAAAGUUCAUCUCUGAUAACGUUGAAGAUCAGACAGAGCAGCUUCUCAAAAAUAUGGGGGAGAUACUAAAAUCUGGGGGUGCUGGCUAUUCAUCAGUUGUUAAGACAACAAUAUUGUUGGCUGACUUGAAGGACUUCAAGAAAGUUAAUGAGAUCUAUGCUAAAUACUUCCCUUCACCUGCCCCGGCUCGGUCAACGUAUCAAGUAGCUGCCUUGCCAAUGGAUGCCAAGAUUGAAAUUGAGUGCAUAGCAUCACUUUGA